AUGACAUCAAAAAAAUUAUUUUCAUCAGAAGUAAAAUUAUUUUUCAAUUUCAAAAAAACAUUUCAACCAAUUAUAAAUGUGUUCUCUUCUUUUCAAUCAAAACAUCAGACUUAUUCAAAUAAUUCAUGGAUGAAAUUUACAAAAUAUUCAGAUGUUAUUGGUCACAUACACUUCAGUCUUGAAUAUAUUUACACUUUAAAAAAAUUGAAUGUUAUAAUCAGUCAUUUGACUGGUGUCAGUAAUCUUGGAAAAAUUAAUAAGUUAUUUCCAAGUCAAAUCCAAACAAUAUUCAUUAUUGUUUUACAAUUAAGGCAAAGAAUAGACUUUUCAUUAAAUAAAAAAGAACUUUAUAUAGAAAAUGAUGAUUUGCAUAGAAGUUAUUUUACAACACCAGUUCAGACAUUUGCAAAUCCAUGCUUUGACCAAUUAUUUGUUUUUGAUAUUCCCUUUAAUGAAUUAAAACACAGUGAAUUAGUAUUUUCAGUAUUAUAUUCAGCAUCAAAUGAUCAAAACAUUGUAUACAGUGACAUUGAAGAACAAUAUGAUAUCAGUAAAAGAUUCAAUCUACUAUCUUCUCUCUACUGUCAUCAGUCUAGUCAAAAAUCAUCACAAUCAGGAAAAAUUGCAGAUGGGAUGCUAUGUAUUGGUGAAGCAAUUUAUAGGAUAGAUCAUGAAAAAUUAAUUAAUUAUCCAAAAGAAUUAAUACAUAUAUGGCAAGAAUUCUAUCCACCAUUAUAUUCCUCCGAUAAAUCUAUCAUUGAAAGGAAACCAAAUUUGCUAAGAAACAAUGGAAAAUUUAACAGAGAAGCUAGUAAAGAGGAUUAUGUAUGUAUGAAAAUUUGUUUAUCUCUAGAUUUAGUGUUUGCUGAUAGUUUAAUGUCAGAAAUUUCGUUUUAUCAAUUACCAAAAACAUCGAUGGUUGAAUUGUCAAUAAUUUAUGCAAAACGGUCAUCUCAUCUUGAAUUGUAUGUUAGAAAGAUAACGAAUUUAAGAGUCUAUAUGAAUGAAACAGAACUUAUUUUUCGUGCCACUUAUUGUUUGAACAAUAUAAAUUCGCAAUCUGUAACAAGUCAACCAAUCAAAAUAACCGAAUUGGGAAGUUAUAAAACUAAAAAAAUCAAUAAAAUAGAAAAUGGUUAUAUUAUAGAUCAUAUCAAAAUACCAUCUGAUGAAUAUUUAACAUUGAAUAUAGAAAUAAAUGAGCUGAUAAAUUAUAGUCAAAAUAUUCAAAUUGUGUUCGAAAUAUUCAUUCAAACAAAUUUUUCGAGUCAAAUACUUUGUUUAACAAGAAUUGUAUUAAGUUCAACCAAAAUGAGUAAUAAUUAUGAUAAAAAUCACGAAUCAACUUCAUUACAAUAUUCUGAUUUAAUUAGAGAAUUACACAGACUAAAAGAAAAUAAUUCAUUUAUUUCAACACAAAAAAUAACAUACUGGCAUCAGAUAAACAGAACAUAG